AUGAACGAUAUGGUGCUGGUUGAACUCAUUUUUGAUGUUCACUUAAAGGUAAAUUUGCAAGUAAUGCCUCCUGUACCUAGCGAAACAGCAGGUUUUCAACCAAGUAACGAUGAGUCUAUGUCUAACAAACUGGAAUCUCUUCGUGAGAGCUCGGCUAAACGUGUGAUGUCAGAUAUUGAUCUAGACUCUGAUACUGACAAAAAAGCAAUCAAACGAGAAUGUCGCACGACGAAUGCAACUGUAUUGAUACCAUGUCCACUUGUAGCGCAUGGCUGCUUACGUGAGGUAGCUUACGACGAGCUCGAUGCACAUUAUUUAAGUUCAAUUCAUCAAGAAUGUAUAGCGAAAGCAAUUGAGACACAAGCAAAAAAAUCUAAUACUGUACCUGAAUGUGUUGAUUUGUUGACUGAUGCUGUUUCGUGUCUACAUAAUGAAAAUAUUCAAGUUCAAAAUACUGCUAUAGAACUGAACCAUGCGGUGACUGUAUUCGGUAAUCAAAUUCAAUCGUUAAAAAGUUCUAUUGAAGAAACAAAUCAAUUUAUGAGUGCUUCGCAAACGCAGCAGAGUUUACUACAAACGGAAAUGGAAACCAUGAAAGAGAAGAUAAACGAACUGAGUACUCAAGUAUGCAACGAUGGAACAUUUAUCUGGAAAAUUACCGAUGUUGCACAAAAAAUUAGUGAUGCUAUUGCUGAACGACAAACAAGUAUCUACUCUCCUCCGUUCUACUCAUCGAGUAAUGGUUAUAAAAUGUGUAUGAGAUUGUACGUGAACGGUGAUGGUCAAGCACGACGAACUCAUCUUUCGCUAUUCUUCGUACUACUUCGUGGUGAAUAUGAUGCCAUUUUGGAUUGGCCAUUCUCGUAUAAAGUCACUUUUUGUCUCUUUAAUCAACAAGACAAACGACAUUUGAUUGACUCGUUUCGACCGGAUCCAAAAUCAAAUAGUUUCCAACGGCCAAGAACUGGGAUGAAUAUUGCUUCUGGCAUUCCUCGCUUCUGUCCGUUGACGUCGAUUCAUCAGGCCAAUAGUCCAUACGUACGUGAUGAUUGCAUGUUCAUUCGAUGUAUAAUCGAUUUUGGUAACAUGGCGAAAACAAUGAUUCCUUAUGUGUGCAGUCUCAAUCCUGGUCUUCCAGUGAAUGUACAACGAUCUUUAUUGCAAGCAGAAGCCGCACGGCGCAAUGAGGAAAUACCGGUCACUUCGGCAGAAGAAGAAAUUUCUGCGAAGAAAACAAUAUAA